AUGUAUGUCUAUGAAGAAUUGCGCUUGAAUGCGAGAAAAAGGGAUGAAAAGGAGAAAAAGGGGUUGUUAGAAGUGAAUGUUUGGGAUAUGUUUUUUAAUGGGAAGAAGUGCGGGUAUGCAUUAAAGAGGGAGGCUAAUGAGAUGGAUUUAAGUAUAAUGGAACUGUUAAAGGUGAUUACAAUGGGUGUUGGUGUGUUGCCACAUACUAAUUAUUAUGGUGGGGAUGAUCCUGAUGAUGAGUUGGAUUAUAUACGAGCCAAUUUUGAUCAUCAUGUUGGAUCUAAGGAUUGUAAGACGUUAUAUAUGUUGUGUCCUGAAGGGAAUAAUGUUCUUGAUCUAACUAUAUUUUUUGUAAGGUUGUAA